AUGCACUGGUCUGCGGAUCAUUUAAUUUCAUGGCGUGACGAAACAUCGCAAGUCUCGGUGCAUGAUGCACUGCAGUACUACGUGAAUACUGUGGGGACAGAUUCUGUGCGAUAUACGCGCGUUCUUUUUGGUGUGGGCUCUAUGGGGGCAACGAUACUUGCAUUUAAGAUGAUUUCUGGGUUUGAAAACAAUUGGCUUUUUGACGGAGCAUGCUUGUUUCUUGUUGCGGCGUCUACCGUUUUGUACCAUACUAAAAUUGUGCCUAAUAUCGAGCUACUCCCCCCAUCAAUUCCAAAGUAUACUGGGGAGAACCACACAAACAUGCUGCAGCCGUUGCGCGAGCUGGCUGGUGCACACAUGUUGCUGUCCGUCGCGCUCGUCGGGAUCGUGCUUCUCCAGUGCGGGAAAUACUACAGCGAGCGCCUUCAGGAGCGGGAGUGGAGCGAAGAGGUGGAUGCGCGGCUUGUUCGUCGUCUUCGUCAACUGCACCAGGCAGAACGGAGCAAAGGAGAGCAGGUUGCCGCGCCAGGCGCGCCAGUAGAGAGUGCAUAA